AUGACGGACGACCGCAAACCGCUGCUGAGCGUGAAUCAGCAAGAUGGCCAUGCCAAUGUGGACAUUGAGUAUCGCGAGGGCUCGUCGAGCCAGGGGCAUGGCCAUGGUCAUGGAAACAGCUGGGUUGCCUCCAGCUCCAUCAUUGUGGCUCAGAUGCUUGGCGCAGGCGUGCUCGGCCUGCCUUAUGCCGCCAGCCAAAUGGGCUGGAUCGGCGCCAUUAUUAUCCUAUGCGUCAUCACCGCCUUUAGCAUUUACGGUGGUCUUCUUUUGGGCAAGCUGCGUGGCAAGAACCUGGACAUUGUUUCUUAUGCCCAAUUGGCCGAGUACGUCUCCGACUAUGCGGGCCACGGCAAGCUGUGGCGCACCUUCGUCUCGGCUAUUGGCAACACCUAUGUGCUUGGCUCGUGCACCAUCUAUUUGACCACCUGCAAGCUCAGUCUGGAACAGAUUUUUCAAAAAUGCCCAGAUGCCGCCUCCACCGUGUCAGCAGCAUGCAGCGAUACGGGCUGCUAUAGUCACGGCAUUGCUGACCUGUCUAACACCACCUGGCUUAUCAUUGCUGCGCUCAUCCUGUACCCACUUGUUCAUAUCCGCACGUUGUCCGAAGCCGGCAUUGUCUCCUACGUGGGCUGUGGCACCAUUGCCUUUGUCAACGCCGUCAUUGUCGUGCACUCCUUAACCACUGUCUCUGCCAAGCACCAUCACGCCGCUGAAACGGACCUUUAUCCCGCCUCGCUCAAAGACUUUGUCAAUGGGUUGACGGCCCUCACGUUCGCCUAUGGUGGUCACGUACUCAUGAUUGACAUUCAAGCCGUCAUGAAGCAGCCUGCUGACUGGCCCAAAGCCCUCUACUCGUCACAACUCUUCAUGUUUGCCAACUAUUGCAUUAUUGGGUUUCUGGGUUACGCUGUCUACGGCCGCGAUGUCAAGGCCCCCAUCACCUUGAGCUUGCCCGACAAUGGCCUUCGUCUUGCCACCAACGUCUGCCUCUUCAUCCACGUCGCCAUGGCCUACUGCAUCAACUCCUGCGUCCUUGUCACCAACCUCGUCGAAAUCAUCUGGCCCGGGACCUUGACUGCGGCCAAGGCCACAAAACGCCAGGUCAUCCUUCGUUGGGGCUUCGUGGGCACCCUCACUUUGGGCUUUGCCAUUGCCAUUUCUCUCGUGGUCCCCUUCUUCAGCGACCUGAUGAACGUUUACUCGAGCCUCGGCAUCUUCAGUCUCUCCUUUGCCGUGCCCGUCAUCUUCUACAUCUUGAUUGAGCCCUCACUCCGUGGCUUCAACAAAAUCAUCAACUACGGCCUUGUCCUCAUUGCCAUCGUUGGCUGCGUCAUGGGCAUGUGGGCCGCCAUUGAAGAUAUCGCUGACAAGUGGAAAACCUGCCACUACUCCAUCUAA